UGUAGGGCUCCACGCUGGGAAAGAAGAGCUCAGUGGAGGGCGAGGAGGGAGGAGGAGGCGGCAGGAGGAGGCGCGGCAGCGGCAGCUUAAAGCGACAGUGAAAAGAGGCACCCGGGAGCAGCCAGGACGGCAGCCACCGACCGGCACCGAGAAGCGCCUUCCCGCUUUCCUUUCAAGAAAGUCGCUUUUCUAAGGGGAACCCCUUCUAUCCGGCUCCACUUCGGGACCUCCGAAGAAGAGGCUGAACUCGUGGGACUCUCGAGACCCCAUUUUGGGAUCAAGAACUGAGAAGGAAGAGAGACAGAGCUUGGUUGGGUUUCUCCUCCUGGACUCCGGGACCCUCCCCAACUUUUAUCCUCCUUGGACUGACAGCCGCUCCGGAGAAGAAGGCUCCUCCAACAAGUGGCCUUUUCGGAAAACUCGGCUGGAAGGGGCUGGGAAGAGGACUGGGCUCUUUUCAGUUGAUAUCAAAGAGAGAGAGGGAAGGGAGGGAGGGAGGGAAAGUUGCCCAGUCUCCUGGACAGGGCCCUCCUCAGGCGCCUUCCCUCCCUUUGAGGAGGGCUUCUGUUGUUCUUUGGAGCUGAGGGACAGCUUCCUCUCUAUUUCCCAGAGAAGCCGGCAAUGCCUUGUGGCGAAAGAGUAAGACUUUGGUGAUCCCUCCUGGCUUUAGUUGUUCUUUGAGCCUCCUCCUCAAAAGAAGGGGGCGGACUCUGGUCAACUUUUUGAAAGCAAGACAGAGAGAGAGAGAGAGAGGGAGAAAGUGCCGGGGAAGUAGCUCCUGCUGCUGCUGCUUCUUGGAGUCUGUUCCGGGGCUGGACGGCGAGGGCCCUUCUAUAUGACUGCAAAGAUGGAGCCUACUUUCUACGAGGAUGCCAUCGUCCACCCGGCCUUCGCCCAGCCGGAGAGCGGCGCCUACGGAGGCUACAACGGAGGCAGCGGCGCCAGCAGCCUCCACAGCAUCGGAGGCAGCGGCGGAGGCGGCAGCAACGCCAAGGUGCUGAAGCAGAGCAUGACCCUGAACCUGGCGGACCCCUCGAGCAGCCUGAAGCCCCACCUGAGGCACAGCAACAAGGGCGCCGAUCUGCUGACCUCCCCGGACGUGGGCCUCCUGAAGCUGGCCUCCCCGGAGCUGGAGAGGCUGAUCAUCCAGUCCGGCAACGGCCUCAUCACCACCACCCCGACCCCCACCCAGUUCCUCUGCCCCAAGAACGUCACCGACGAGCAGGAGGGCUUCGCCGAGGGCUUCGUCAGGGCCUUGGCCGAGCUCCACAACCAGAACACAGCCAUGCCGCCCAGCGCCGCCGCCAUCGCCACCACGGCCGCCCAGCAGCAGCCUCAGCAGCAGCAGCCCCCCAACCCGGCCAUGGCCCCGGCCUCCUCCAUGGCCGCCAACGGGGGCUUCGGGCCCGGGCUGCACAGCGAGCCUCCGGUCUACGCCAACCUCAGCAACUUCAACCCCAGCAGCCUCAACGCGGCGCCCAACAACUACCCCAACGGCAGCAGCAGCAGCAGCAACUACCCGGUCCCCGUGGUCCCUGCCCCGCCUCCCCCGCACCACCUGCAGCACCCCCGGCUCCAGGCCCUGAAGGAGGAGCCCCAGACGGUGCCCGAGAUGCCCGGCGAGACCCCUCCCCUGUCGCCCAUCGACAUGGAGUCCCAGGAGCGGAUCAAGGCGGAGCGGAAGCGCAUGCGGAACCGCAUCGCCGCCUCCAAGUGCCGGAAGAGGAAGCUGGAGCGCAUCGCCCGCCUGGAGGAGAAGGUGAAGACCCUGAAGGCCCAGAACUCGGAGCUGGCCUCCACCGCCAACAUGCUGCGGGAGCAGGUGGCCCAGCUCAAGCAGAAGGUCAUGAACCACGUCAACAGCGGCUGCCAGCUCAUGCUCACCCAGCAGCUGCAGACCUUUUGAGGCCGGGGGAGGGAGAAGACUUGGGUUGGGUUUGGCUUGGCUUCUCCAGAAGUGGACUAGGCAUAGAGGCGGGAGGAGGAGAGAGAGAGGCCUGGGGGGUUGGCACAGCUCUCCUGGGCUGAAACACAGGGAGCGGGGCCUGGAAGGGAGGAGGGCGGCUAUGUGCCACUUCCACAAAGCAUGCCUAUGAUGGAGGAGAGCCUGGAAGGGGCUUCCUCAGCCGCAGACAACACUUCCACAAAGCAUGCCUAGGAUGGAGACAGAGAAACAGGAGAGAGACUGGGGGCUGUGCCUUUGUAGGGUCGAUUCCCCCAGCCUGAUCCUAACAGUUUCCACAGAAGUCAAGAAGAAGACGUGGGGAAAGAGGAUGGGAUGAUGUCCCAUAAAAGCCAUCCAGCCUGAGGUGGCAAUGGGGGGCGCAUCCCUUGAAAACCACAGCUCUCCAAAGCUUCAGAAGAGGCUGCCUGACGUUACCUUCUUUAUUCCUUGUUUAUGUUUAUUUUUCUAACAUUGACCAAGCAUGGACCUAAACCUAAACCAUUCAAUCAUCGUUCAGUAUUAAAAAGGUUAAACUGCAGUAGAGAGACUGUAGGUUGCUUUUUUCCUCUCUUAGUACAGUACUCUUACUUUUUUAAAGACAACCAAUAUAAAUCAUUCAUUGGGGAGGGAGGCUGGGGGCCGAAGUGGCGAUGCUGCCGCCUGCCUCAGCGUCCGCUUGUUCUAUGUACAGAUACAUACUCUCUUUUCUUUCUUUUUUUAAAGUUUAUGACAGCUGAUAAAAUGUCCAAGUAAAACUCUACUUCAUCCAUGACUUUGUAAGUUAUUUUUUAUUUGUUCGCGUGGGUCUGAGCCCAGUAUUGUCUGUAAAUAAGAGGAUUUUUUUAGCAACCUUGAGGGGUUUUUUUUCUUCUUCUUCUCCAUUUGUAAUAAUAAAGUAUAUAAUUUUUUUAUGUUUUGUUCCGAACAAGAAAUGAAGAAAGGGUAGAUCAUAUUUAAGAAAACCGUCAAUACUUUUUGCCCAGUUCCUUGGAUUAGUGCCAGUAAAGCUGCAACCCUAUAUUUACAUACACUUACCUAGGUGUGAGUCUCAUUGAACAAAGUGGGGCUUACCAAGGAGUAGCAUUGCACUGUCAGGCAUAGGUAGGACCAGCUUGUGGUUAGAUGUUAAAACUGUUAACCAAUGCUGUAAGUGGGGGAGUCAAGCUCUUUAACUUCCACACUGGGUUAGUUUGUAAGAGCAGUUUACUCUUUCUUUUUUUUGAGGAAGAAGGGGGUUUUGUACUCCUAUUAUAAUAAAGCUGUUGGUUUUUACAGUACUGUUAAGACUCUUCUCUGUGUCCUCUAUAACUGGAAUACAAGAGGAUGUGUCCGAGAGCCCCCAUAGCAGAGGAAAACACAGCUUAGGGCCUAAUCUUUGUCCAUUUUGGCUUGCAACUUGUAGGGUCGAUUCUCCAACAUAGUUUUCACAGAAGUCAAGAAGAAGUGGGGAAAGAGGAUGGGAUUCUUUUUGUUACCCCAGAACCCUAUGCAAUGAGUUCUAUGAAAUAUAAUUGGCCAUUUCCUAUCUUAGCUACUCUGGUGUUGAGCAAAUAUUCUUGACAUGCCUGAAGAUAGGGGAAAAGUUUUCAAAAAGGGAACCUUUAUAUGGAGAUUUGAGUCACUUUUAUGUUUUUUUUAAAACUCUUAGAUAAAAUAUGGUCUCUGUUCAUGAGUAUUUACGACUGCCUGUUGUCCAAUAAAAUCAUUCUAUUACUCUUUCAAUA